AUGUCAUCAGAUGAGGAGAAAAGCGCAAGUCCUCUUUUGCCAAAAGACUCAGUUUGUGGCAGUUCUGUUUCUUCAGAUCUUCAGGAUGAAUAUGAAGAGCUUCUUCAUUAUGCUGCAGUGACUCCGAAGUUUGAGCAUCAUGUCCCGAAGUGGUCAGAACCCAUCUCAGAAGUGAGAGCUGGUGACAGGUUUGCGGAUAUGACAGAUGACAUCAUUCCUCGUAAGACUUUAGCUUCAAUGUCAGUGAAGGGGUCUUCCGAGUCCCACAUGGAACACCUGUGCCCUCUUCUCUCGGAAGAGACUUCUUCACAAGGCUCUGCACGCAGCCCAAGAGAAAUCAGUGAGGAGAGAGUGACUGAAUUAACUGUUCCUGAUGAAAAGGUGACCCAAAUAGAAAACAUACUUGAUCUCUGGAGUGGAAGUCUUAAGACAAAUGUUCUAACUGAGUUGAAAAAAUGGAAACUUAGUUUUAUUGAGCAUCACAAGCUUGAAAUGAGACAAGAGAAAGAGAAACAUGCUGCGCAUGUCAGACAGUUGAACAAUGAAAUGGAAAAUCUGAAAGAGUUGCUACAUACUUAUGAAAUCUCUAUUGGCAGAAAAGAUGAGGUAAUUACUAACUUGACUCAAGCAUUAGAUAAGCACAAGGAAAGAAUAGAGUUGAUGAGAAAAUUUAUGCUCUGGCGGAUUCAACAUGUCGAAGCCAAACAAGAGGCAUACGCAAAUAGAAUAGCAGACAGACAAUUCCAGACAGCCUUGCUGAAGAAGGUAUGGGCAGCAUGGCGCUGUCUAAGUGAAGCAAAAUGGAAAGAAAAGGUAGCAAAGGCCUGUCAGCUAAGGGCAGAAGAUGUCUGUGUUCAGCUCACUAAUGAUUAUGAAGCCAAAAUUGCAGAGCUCCAUGCCACACUGGAACAGAGCAGAGCUGAGAUCCUGCGACUGCACAGUGAGAGAGAGCAGUACGAAGACACCAUGAAGAAGGCCUUUAUGCGGGGCGUGUGUGCUCUGAACCUGGAAGCUAUGACUAUGUUUCAGGGCAAGGAGAGUAGGAUAGAUCUAGAUGUAGGAUGUAGGAGAGAAGAUAGUGGUAGUGGUGCUGCAGGAAGGCUGCCUUCCUCCCAGUAUAAUCCUCCCUCACCACCACCUCCAACAGCAACUAGUUUACAGCUAGAAGACAUGUUUUCUACCCACCUGGGCCAUGCCAGCACUUCUCAGACCAGGCUAGAUUCUGAUUCUCCAGUAGUCAUCACUAGCACAACUGCAGGAUCUGGUCUGUCAUCAACUCAAAAGCUGCCCAUGGCGAAAGUAAUAACAUCUGCUCAACAGAAAGCAGGAAGAACAAUCACUGCUCGAAUCACAGGCCGAGCUGAUAUGGGACAGAAACCCAGGAUCUGUAGUAGUUUAGCAGUGAUGGGAGUUGUUCCACCCAUGAGUUCAGUCAUUGUUGAAAAACAUCAUCCAGUCACUCAGCAAACUAUAUCCCAAGCCACUGCAGCUAAAUAUCCUCGAACGGUGCUCCAUGCUGCUGGCUCCAGUGCUGCGAGACCUGCAGGACAAGCUGGGCGAAUGCUGCAGAGCCAGCCUCAUGCCAGCGUUCAGUCAAUAAAGGUGGUUGACUGAGUGAAUAUCUUAGGCGCACAAAUCUCUCACUGGUGGAGGGUUUUUAACCAAGGAACAA